AGUUAUGUACUGAUUCUGAAGUGAGUGUUCGAGAAGUGCAAUAAAUCGAUAUUCAUAACAGAAACAUUAGUUCUAGAAUAACGCAACAAAAUGAAGAAAUUUAGCAUUUUGUUAUUACUUUUCGUUUCAACAAUUACAUUCACAAUGAAUAGAGCUUACGCUCAAGAAGAUGAAAAUAUAGAUGAUAUAGUAGAUAUUGAAGGGGAAGAUAAUUCCAUAAUAACAGAUGAAGAACCUGAAGAUGAAACAACCAAUGCCUCAUCUGAUGCAGAUACAACUAUAUUAUUUACUAAACCUGUUUAUAAUGGGUUAUCCACAUUAGAAUUACCAGCUGGGAAUUUAGUUGAAUUACUUGUUGGUUUUACUAAUAAAGGUGAAUCCGACUUUGUUCUUGAAUCUUUGGAUGCUUCUUUCCGCUAUGCAAUGGAUUUCAAUUUCUAUAUUCAAAAUUUUUCAACUGUCACAUAUAACAAAAUUGUAAAAUCAAAACAUGAGGCAACACUAGCAUAUUCAUUUAUUCCAUCAGAAAAUUUUGCUGGAAGACCGUUUGGUUUCAAUAUCAAUUUGAAUUAUAAAGAUGCUAACGGCGUUGGCUUCAGCGAAGCUGUUUACAAUGAAACAGUGCAAAUAAUAGAAUUGGAUGAUGGUCUUGAUGGAGAAACAAUUUUCUUAUAUGUAUUUCUUGCUGCAUGUGUAAUAUUAACACUUGUAGGAGGACAACAACUUCUUUCAUCUCUUGGACGUAAAUCUCGAUCUUCUAACACUCGUAAAGCUCCUGUGGAAAUGGGCACAGCCAAUCCUAAUAAUGUGGAUUAUGACUGGUUACCAAAAGAAACAUUGAAUAGAAUUAAUAAAUCUCCCAAAACCCCCAGACAGAGCCCUAGGCAACGAAAAGUUAAAAAAACAUCUGAUGACUAA